AUGUUGUUUACUCUUCAUUCUAUCAUCAUCUUCUGGAAGCAUCAGCCAUUCUUCGUCGUCAAAGACGAUCAUUCUUCAAGCAAACCAAGCUCGAAGCAUACGGAUUCAAACAAGCGGGCACAAUUCUCUUGGGAGUUUGAAUCCAUCGUUCCAUUUGAUGUCUUGAUGCAAACCCCCACAUUGGCAUUUCCCCUGUAUCAAAGAGCCACCAUCUCCUGCCACGCAGCCAUUCCACCGCUUCUCCAUACUUGCUCCGAGUCACGGUCAUAUCUCAUCCGGUAUGGGUAUCAGCUUGCGUUUCCUUCCACGGCUCAGGGCCCACAGACGUGGUUUCAUUUUGAGCAAGAUACACUGCUACUUGACGACGAUUUUGAGAGGCCGGAAGAGAAGAAAAUUGCAAGAAUCCCAUAUACUCCUCAUCAUUUCAGACCUCAAGAUAUAAGUCGCGUUCAGCGACUGGCAUUGGCCGUACCUACCCACUCUAGUCCUAUAUUUCUUGGGCACAAGCUCAACCCGGAGCUCAAAGAACUCACACUCGUCGAGUGGGGUUCUAGCGAGUCCGAGCAAGCACUGCGUCAGUCAAUUGUUGACCCAGCUAUGCUUCGCCCAGCACCAACCAUCUCUCAAAAUUAUUACAAGGGAGAGCACUUGUGCAUGCUACCAGUCGAGGAGACUGAUUCUCUGUGGACUACAUUGGAGCUGGAAGUGUUUGGGGUCCGGGAACACUGGUUUUAUACAAACCCAGAAGACGCGAAACUACUCAAAAAGCAUAAGCUUGACAAUGGCUUCCACAGCCAUUUCAUGAAAGACAAGUUGGUUAUGCUAAGAGAAGAAUACGAGCAGCAGAAGGCGGACAUUGAAUAUAGCAACAAGGAUUAUUACAAUUAUCCUUGGCUGCCAUUGCAGAAACACGAGGAGUACCCACCGUGGAGCAUUCAUCAGAUACGUUUUGCGCAUAUUUGCACACCAUCCACUGCUGAGAGAAUAAGGGAGAACCGUUCGAGAUUCAUGGAACAAUUUACCAAGCUGGCAGCGGAUGCAGCGCAAGAGGAAGAUGGGUAUGAUCUCACGUGGACUAAGCAGCAUCGUCUGCCACAUCCCUUUGUCCUUCAGAGAUACAGCAACUGGCCUGGGGUUGAUGAAUCACAGCAUAGCAUAGAAUUAGAAUGGUGGUUUAGGAGGGGGCUCCCUGUGAUUGGUAGCUCGAUCUAG